AUGGUUUCUGGUGUUUACUUUUGUGAUGCAUCGGGUAAGCCUAUUUUAUCUAGAAGAUAUAGAGAUGACAUUCCAUUAAGUGCAAUUGAUAAAUUUUCACAGAUUUUAUUAGAACAUGAAGAAGAAUCAAGUGUAGUACCACCUUGUCUGCUUUAUCAAGGUAUUCAUUAUUUAUUUAUUCAGCAUUCAGAUAUAUAUGUUGUUGCUUUAACAACUUCUUAUCAAACAAAUAUUGCACAGAUUUUCAUGUUUUUACAUCAAUUGGUUUCUGUUUUAGGAGAUUAUUUGAAAUCUGUAGAAGAAGAAUCGAUAAGAGAUAAUUUUGUCAUUAUUUAUGAAUUGUUAGAUGAAAUGAUGGAUUAUGGUAUACCACAGAUAACAGAAACAAAGAUGUUAAAGCAAUAUAUAACUCAAAAGUCAUUCAAACUUAUAAAAGCUGCUAAAAAAAAGAGAAACGCUGCAAGACCACCAGUUGCAUUAACCAACUCUGUGAGUUGGAGACAAGAAGGCAUCAAAUAUAAAAAAAAUGAAGCAUAUCUAGAUAUAAUAGAAUCAAUCAAUAUGUUGAUGAACCAGCAGGGUCAAGUAUUAAGAUCGGAAAUUAUUGGUGAAGUUAAAGUUAAAUCUCGUUUAUCUGGCAUGCCUGAUUUGAAGCUUGGAAUUAAUGAUAAAGGGAUAUUUUCUAAGUACUUGGAAAAUGAAGAAGAUUUCUCUAAACCGGUCCAGAUAAUUAACGAUGAUUCAACCACUAAUGGAAAAAAAUCAAAUAUUGAACUUGAAGAUUUGAAAUUCCAUCAAUGUGUUCGCUUAAGUAAAUUUGAAAAUGAAAAGAUUAUUACAUUUAUUCCACCUGAUGGUGAAUUCGAAUUAAUGAAUUAUAGAUUAACCACUCCUAUAAAACCAUUAAUAUGGUGUGAUAUCAAUAUCCAAGUGCAUUCAAAAUCUAGAAUUGAAAUUCAUUGUAGAGCAAAGGCUCAGAUAAAGAAAAAAUCUAUUGCAAAUAACGUAGAAAUACUAAUCCCGGUUCCAGAUGAUGCUGAUACCCCAACAUUUAAGUACUCUCAUGGCUCAAUCAAAUGGUUACCUGAAAAGAAUGCAAUAUUAUGGAAAUUAAGAAGUUUUGCUGGCGGUAAAGAAUAUUCCAUGACUGCUCAACUCGGAUUACCUUCAGUUGAUGGAAUAGAGCCACCAAAGGUUAAAAGACCUGUUCAAAUCAAAUUCCAAAUUCCCUAUUUUACGACAUCUGGUAUUCAAGUAAGAUAUUUGAAAAUUAAUGAGCCAAAACUUCAAUAUAAGAGUUUCCCUUGGGUAAGAUAUAUCACACAGAGUGGAGACGAUUACACAAUUCGAUAA